AUGUCAGGUAUUGCUACGUAUUUACGGCGCUUAAGCAAGAAAUGUGAGAGUAAUGUCUUUGCCUAUGAGUACUCGGGUUAUGGACUGAGUGGUGGCCGUCCGUCUGAACGCAAUCUAUACGCCGACAUUGAGUCCGUCGUUAAGACAUUGAGUAUUGGUUCCCGACAUUCACUUGGCGUCAUAUCGAGUAUAUCAAUGGCCGGAGUUAUACUCAAAGCGCCCCUAAUGUCCGCAAUUAGGACUAUAUUUGAUUACUCGGCAAACACCUGGACUUUUGAUCCCUUUCCCAACAUUGAGCUCAUAUUAAAAGUCGAUUGCCCGAUCCAUAUAAUUCACGGCACAGAAGACAAAGUGAUAGAUAUAUCGCACGGAAUAUCACUGUAUAAGCGGUGCAGACAUCGAGUGUCUCCCCUAUGGGUCUCCGGUAGGAAUCACUCGACUCUCCGACGAGACGAACAGUUUUUCCCCAAAAUU